CGACGGUUGGUUUUCUCCUCCCACCUCGAGCUUUUGCAAGCUACCGUGGUUCUCGCACAAAACCCAAUUUCUCUUCCUCCACCGAGGGGAAGCCCUUUUUCCAACCACUUCUUCUCUUCCAGUCUUCCUUUUCCCCCAUCCGAUCGUCAAAUCCACUCCAUCUUGUCUCUUGUCCGAUUCCUGUUCUACUACGUACUUGUCAGAAUACCAUUUCGAGCUUUCCAAAGUUCUGUUAUUUCAUCCACGUUUCGUUCUAUAUACUACCAAAACACCAUCAGGAGAAGGGCUUGAGACACGUCCGCAACCAUGUCUCAGCCAACUCGUCAGUUCUCCACGGGCGCUUCGGCGCACCGUAGACGGCAGAUGAGUACUGUCAUCGAGAAGGAAGGUCACUUCGGCGUUGAGCUGACGACCCUCUUCUUGGGCAUCUCGGCAGUCUUUGCCGAUGACCAUACUGCAGUCGUGGCCCUAGCCAUUCAUGACACUACUUACCUCAUUGACUUCUCAGUCAAGCAUAUUGUGCUUGAUGAUGCGUUCAAGAUUGGUGAGGAUGUCAUCUCUGACUUUGUGAUCGCGUCGGUUAAGGAGUAUGAACGUGAGAACUUUGCCAAGUUCAUUGGUGCGGGUCUACCCAUGACUCUCAAGUACAUGAGUCCUACCAUCUGCUCCCGCCUGUGGCUCGAGACAGACAUCGUUCCCAUCGUCAUUCGCCCCGACGAUGAACACAAGGAAAAGACUUUCUGGGACGCCAAGCGUGUGGAUGAGCAGGCCGACUCGAUGGCUCGCAAGUGCAUCAUGCACUUUGGACCCUCUCUGGCGCCUUUGCUACACGUUGGUUUUCGUGGAAUUGUUCAGACCGAUGCUGGCUUCCGAGCCCCCAUCAACACCAUCCAGAACAACAGGGACGUCUGUUCUGCUGCAUCCUGGGAAACCAUGCUCACAUAUGCUAAGAAACUGCGUGGAAACAAGACGAAGGUAGCCUUCUUCAGCAGCACCCCUCAAGGCGGCGGCGUAGCUCUCAUGCGACACGCCCUUGUGCGAUUUUCGCGCCUGAUGGGUGUUGACCUGACUUGGUAUGUGCCAAAGCCUCGUCCGGGUGUCUUCAGGAUCACAAAGAACAUUCACAACAUCCUUCAGGGUGUUAGCCAUCCUGACCAGAGAAUCUCCUCCGAUGAGAUGGCUGCCAUCAUCGACUGGAUUUCCGACAAUGCACAGCGCUACUGGUUUUCUGAGGGUGGCCCUCUGCGUCCUGCAUCAGAGGGCGGUGCUGAUGUGGUUAUCAUCGAUGACCCCCAAAUGCCUGGUCUCAUUCCAAUGAUCAAGAGGUUGACCCCAGACCGUCCUGUGCUCUAUCGCUCGCACAUUCAAAUACGCAGCGAUCUGGUGGCAAUUUCUGGCUCUCCUCAGGCAGAGGUCUGGGAUUUCCUGUGGAGCAACAUCAAAGGUGCCGACAUGUUCAUCAGCCACCCCAUCCCAAUCUUUGUUCCCCACAACGUCCCACGCGAGAAGGUUGUAUACUUCCCUGCCACAACAGAUUGGCUCGAUGGCCUGAACAAGCCGCUUAGCCGUUGGGACGCUGGCUACUAUGGCCAUCUUUACAACGUGGCCGCCCACUCUCAGCGUCAGACCGAGCUUAACUGGCCGGCCCGCAAGUACAUCGUCCAGGUUGCUCGCUUCGACCCUGCAAAGGGUAUUCCCACCGUUAUCGACUCUUAUGCCGAGUUCCGUCGCCGCUGCGAGAAGGAGGGUGUCACCGACAUUCCUCAGCUGGUUGUCUGCGGCAAUGGCUCGGUUGAUGACCCUGAUGCCUCAAUGAUCUACGAUCAGACCAUGACGCAGAUGGAGACUCACUAUCCCCACCUCAUCAAGGAUGUCAGCAUCAUGCGCCUUGAGCCCAAUGAUCAGCUCCUCAACACCAUGAUUGCCAAUGCUCAUGUUGUUCUGCAGCUUUCCACUCGCGAGGGUUUUGAGGUCAAGGUUUCGGAGGCGCUUCAUGCUGGAAGGCCCGUUAUUGCUACUUUGGCUGGCGGCAUCCCACUGCAGGUCAAGGACGGCAUCAACGGAUUCCUUGUCCAGCCUGGCGACUGGAAGACAGUGGCAGGGCACCUGAUCAGUCUGUUCACUGACCACGAGCUUCAUAAGAAGAUGAGCCACGCUGCUGCUACUGGUGUUUCUGACGAGGUCGGCACCAUUGGAAACGCCAUUGGCUGGUACUACUUGGCUUCCAAGUGGAACGAGGUCGGUGUAGAAAAGAACGGCAAGGGUGGUCUCAGAGGAGACGAGAAAUGGGUCAACGACAUGGCUCGGGAGGAGGCUGGAUUCCCGUACGUUCAGAACGAGAACCGCCUGCCGCGACACUUCACACAGGUCAAGAAGCUGCCAGUCCAGACAGCCUAAAGCAGAUCCCCAAACUGUCACUGGCAACUGUGAACCAUCGCCGGUAAAUCAGGCGAAGCUGAGGCUUGACCAUCUUCGUUUGUCUCUUAGACAUCACAAGUCUUUUUCCUGCCUUUGAUCUUUGAUGACUCGAGUAUUUGACCUUUUAGUGUGGCAAGGUUUCUGUCAGGUGUUCUGGUCCAACGCCAUACAUUAACUCCCUCAAAAAGUGUCUUUGUUUCUCGCGAUGAUUUCUGUCAUGACGAUUUUAAAAGCUCUUCAAUAAUGACCUUUCACGCUGAUUUCUAAUUUUCGUUGCGAUGCCUUUACUUCGACUACUUCCUUCCACUUACGGACUUUCACUCUGACAUUGUUCUAUGCGCCCGUCACCCUCAUGGGCCGCUCCUAAAUCUCUACUCAGAACUUUUUGUUCACUUCUCCAUCACAGGCAAUGUGCUGAUUAUUGUAUCUUUGAGACAAUUUGGGAUGGUAGCUUCAACCUACUCAGAAAACCUCCACCCAAGCACAUUAGCACGGCUGUCUACUUGCAGACACAAAUCUCUACUCAGAAGUUUUGCGAUGGAUUUCAACAGGAAAGCUUGCGGGGACUUUCAAUUAAUACUGGCAACAACUAUAUAAUGGAAAUGAAUGUGGCUUAAUCGGUCAAAGACGGGGGAGAUCUGAUUCAUCUCUGUAAUACUGCGGAGGUGGGAUCAUUCAAGAUCUUCUUUGUUCCCAUGACUGCCCGGCUUAGGUAGUUGCAAUAAACGCUGACUCUAACAUUUGGUACCUAAGACACAAGUACAUAUGAAACGCUGAGCUAACGACCCACCCAUCAGAAG